CAUAAACAAGUAGUUCAGCCAAAUGGUACGUUCAGUGUACUAAAAUACGACUGUUAUUAGAGUCACAGUCAUGGCUGAUGAAGAAAAUAACCAGGAACAACAAGCUCAAAAGUUAAGCUCUUCUGAUGAUCAAAUUAUUGUCAGAACGGAAUUCAUAGAUUUGGCUUUGCCUGAAGAAGAGAAGACCUUGCCCCAAACUGAAGAACUAUCUAACUGCCCUGGCUGCCAGUCAGUGGGAGUUUUGACUUUGCCUUGCAGCCACAAGCUAUGUUUAAGUUGCAUUGAACUGAGCCGGCAGGAAAUGGGUCAGGAUGGUUGCACAAUCUGCCAUGGAUCCCAGCUGAUGGAUUCUGUCCUUCAAAGUCUGUUUGGUGCCCUGUUCCAAGGAGAGCCCAGGAGAGCUGGGGUCACACCACAAGCAGAAGCGAUGACUUUCAGGGGGGUAGCAGAGGAGACUAAACCUUAUGGUUUUGAGAAAGAGAAGCUGUGUGUGCAGCAUGGAGAAUUGUUCAGUGAGUUUUGCCUGGAAGACGAAGAGCUGCUGUGCCAAAAAUGUCACAUGGACAAUCAUGGACAGCACCAGUGUUGCUCCAUUCAAGAGGCUGUUCUUGUCUGCAAGAAGCUGCUACGAUCAACCAUCAGAGAUGUCCAGGAGCAGCUGGAGAAUAUAUCUGCCAUCAAACAAAGAUGGGAGGACACAGUGACUCACAUCAUGAGCCAGUCAGUAACAGGAACCCAGGUCUUGAGGCAAGAGUUUGAGAAGAUGCACCAGUACCUGCAUGAUGAGGAGGCCACUCUGAUGUCACAGCUGAAUCAAGACGAAGAAGUGAAGGUUCAGAGGGUGGAAGACAAGAUAAACAAGAUCAGUAAUGACAUACGAAUGCUGACCACCAGUAUGAGAGACAUGGAAAACGUUAUGGAGUCAGAGGACAUAAUUUUUCUAGAGAACUAUAGGAGUGCCUUAAAAAGGACUCCUUACAGAGCAGAAGAGUCUCAAGAUGAAUUUGGAACUCUGCUAGAUGUGCCAAAGUACCAAAGCUGCAUCCAAUAUUAUGUUUGGGAGAAGAUGCCGAUAAUUAUCCAGUACUUUCCGGUGACCUUGGACCCCAACACAGGCUCAACAUGUUUAGGUGUGUCUCCUGACCUAUCCAGUGUGUUUGUGUGUGACGAAAAGCCUCUUCCAGACAACCCUGAGAGAUUUGUGAACCCAAAGGGCAUCUUGGGCUCAGCUGGAUUCAGCUCUGGGAGCCACCACUGGGAGGUAGAGGUCGGAGAUAACAGUCAAUGGUCUCUUGGCGUGGCCAACGAGACUGUCAAAAGAAAGGACUCAUUGAGAUUGGAUGAAAACCCUGAAGAAUCUGGUGAUGGCCUGUGGACUGUGUCUCUCUUCUCUGGGGAGUAUUAUGCUUCUCCUGGCCAAAGCGCACCUCUCACACUGAGGAGAAGGCCAUACAGAGUCAGAAUUCAACUGGACUGGGAGAGAGGGUGUCUGACUUUCUCUGAUGUCAAUGGCAACACUCUUAUCUAUAGGUUUAAAAAGCAAUGGACUGGCACACUAAGACCCUACUUUUCCACCACCUGUUCCAAACACCCAUUGAAAAUCACUGAAGCGAGUGUGACUAUUGCUACUGAAUAGCAUUAUAUACACAUUUAGCUCAGAACCAAAAGAAAACAGUUUUGGAGAGUUUGCAUGUUUGAAGGUUUAUAACAAUGGUAAAACAUUGCAGACUGGACUCAUAAGCACAAGAACAGAGGUGUUGUAUGAAUAAACAUGUUUUAAUGCAGGACUCAUUUGCCGGAAGACAGUCCAAAGUUCAACCCCAAUUCCAAUGAAGUUGGGACUUUGUGUUAAGCAUAAAUAAAAACAGAAUACAAUGAUUUGCAAAUCAUGUUCAACCUAUAUUUAAUUGAAUACACUACAAAGACAAGAUAUUUAAUGUUCAAACUGAUAAACUUUAUUGUUUUUAGCAAAUAAUCAUUUACUUAGAAUUUUAUGGCUGCAACACAUUCCAAAAAAGCUGGGACAGGUGGUAAAAAAGACUGAAAAAGUGGAGGAAUGCUCAUCAAACACCUGUUUGGAACAUCUCAAUGGUGAACAGGCUAAUUGGGAACAGGUGGGUGCCAUGAUUGGGUAUAAAAGGAGCUUCCCUGAAUUGCGCAGUCAUUCACAAGCAAAGAUGGGGUGAGGUUCACUUCUUUCCGAACAAGUGUGUGAGAAAAUAGUCGAAUAGUUUAAGGACAAUGUUCCUCAACAUACAAUUGCAAGGAAUUUAGGGAUUUCAUCAUCCACGAUCCAUAAUAUCAUCAAAAGGUUCAGAGAAUCUAGAGAAAUCACUGCAUUUAACCGGCAAGGCCGAUCCCUCAGGCAGCACUGCAUCAAAAACCAAAAUCAAUGUGUAAAGGAUAUCACCACAUGGGCUCAGCAACACUUCAGAAAACCAAUGUCAGUAAAUACAGUUUGGCGAUACAUCCUUAAGUGCAACUUGAAACUCUACUAUUCAAAGCAAAAGCCAUUUAUCAACAACACCCAGAAACGCCGCCGGCUUCUCUGGGCCAAAGCUCAUCUAAGAUGGACUGAUGCAAAAUGGGAAAGUGUUCUGUGGUCCGAGGAGUCCACAUUUCAAAUUGUUUUCGGAAAUUGUGGAUGUCGUGUCCUCUGGGCCAGAGGAAAAGAACCAUCUGGACUGUUAUGGACGCAAAGUUCAAAAGCCAGCAUCUGUGAGGGUAUGGGGCUGUGUUAGUGCCAAUGGCAUGGGUCACUUACAGAUCUUUGAAGGCACCAUUAAUACUGAAAGGUACAUACAGGUUUUGGAGAGACAUAUGCUGCCAUCCAAGCAAUGUCUUUUUCAUGGACGCCCCUGCUUAUUUCAGCAAGACAAUGCCAAACCACGUUCUGCACGUGUUACAACACCGUGGCUUUGUAGUAAAAGAGUGCAGGUACGAGACUGGCCUCCCUGCAGUCCAGACCUGUCUCCCAUUGAAAAUGUGUGGCGCAUUAUGAAGCCUAAAAUACGACAACAGAGACCCCGGACUUGAACAGCUGAAGCUGUACAUCAAGGAAGAAUGGGAAAUAAUUCCACCUACAAAGCUUCAACAAUUAGUGUCCUCAGUUCCCAAAAGUUUAUUGAAUGUUGUUAAAAGAAAAGGUGAUGUAACACAGUGGUAAACAUGACCCUGUCCCAGCUUUUUUGAAACGUGUUGCAGCCAUAAAAUUCUAAGUUAAUGAUUAUUUGCUAAAAACAAUAACAUUUAUCAGUUUAAACAUUAAAUAUCUUGUCUUUGUAGUGUAUUCAAUUAAAUAUAGGUUGAACAUUUGCAAAUCAUUCUAUUCUGUUUUUAUAUAUGUUUAACACAACAUCCCAACAGUGGCACGGUAGCCAACUGGUUAGAGCGUCUUCCUCACAGUACUGAGGGGUUCAAAUCCCGGCCCCGCCUGUGUGAAGUUUGCAUGUUCUCCCCCUGCCUUUUUUCCGGGCACUCUGGUUUCCUCCCACAUCCCAAAAACAUGCAUGGCAGGUUAAUUGAAGACUCUAAAUUGUGGUGUGAAUGUGAAUGGUUGUUUGUUUAUAUGUGCCCUGCGAUUGGCUAACAACCAGUUCAGGGUGUACCCCGCCUCCUUCCCGAUGGUAGCUGGGAUAGGCUCCAGCACUCCCGCGACCCUUGUGAGGAUAAGAGGCUCAGAAAAUGGAUGGAUGGAUGGACAAAGUCCAAACUUCAUUGGAAUUGGGGUUGUAGUAAACAAAUCCAAGCAGUAGACUAAAGGCGGUGUCAACAAGUACAGGCAAAAGGUAAAAAACAAUGGCAAUUACAACGGCGUAUGAAAGGCUGGAAUGAAUGAGAAAAAAGCGAUAGAACUAACUGGCAUAGAAAGGAAGUAAAGGAAAUGUGCCACCAAUGAGACACAUUAGGGAGUAGUGUAAAUAAUUACAAAGACUUUGAUUACCAGUGUUUCAAUAAAAUAAAUAAAUAAAAAGCGUUAUGUGUUUAUAAUGGUGAGAGGGUAUGGCAAGAGGAUUUGCACUGCACUUCCAUCUGUUGUAAAUGUGCAAUUCCUCAAUUCAAACUCAUCCAGUAUGAAAAAUCUCAACCUUUUAGAUUUUAAUUAAUCAAUCAGUCAUCAAUAAUAAACACAAAAGGACAUCAAUGCAAAGAAAUAAUAAUAAUAAUCAUCAUAAUUUUACUCAAGGGAAAAAAUUAGGGGCGGCACGUUGGACAGCUGGUUAGCAGAGCUGCCUCACAGUUCUGAGGACCCAGGUUUAAAUCCGGCCUCACCUGUGUGGAGUUUGCCUGCGUGGGUUUUCUCCGGGUGUUUAUAGGAAUGUUUUACCAUUUUUUCAGAAGCACAUUUGUGAGGUCACACACUGAUGUUGGACGAGAAGGCCUGGCUCACAGUCUCCGCUCUAAUUCAUCGCAAAAGUGUUGGUGUCACGACUCUGUAUAGUCCAAUCAAGUUCAUCCACACCAAAUGCUCUCAUCCAUGUCUUUACAAACCUUGUUAUGUGCACAGUCAUGUGAGAAAUGGAAAAACUGUUCCCACAUGAAAUUGUCCAAAAUAUUGGUUCCUCAUGUCCAGUGAAAGGAACUCUGAAGGAUUCAGCAUACCAAGAGCUUUUGGACAAUUCUUUGCUCCCGACUUUGUGGGAACAUUUUGAAGAAGAUUUUAAUUAAUCAAUCAGUCAUCAAUAAUAAACACAAAAGGACAUCAAUGGAAAGAAAUAAUAAUAAUUGUUGGAUUUAUCUUACCCAACAUUAUAAAAAAUAGACACAAAAGGAAUGAAGACGCUGGUUUCUUUUUCUCAUGAGGAGGGCGUAUGGGAGAUUGUUCAGAUCACAGCCUCUCAACACGCUCUAAACAAUCCCCCCCCUCGCUCCUGCAUUUAUUUGAAAUAGGAGGGAUUUACAAAUCAUAAUGUUCUAAGCAAUAAGACACAACACAAAAUAUUUGAUAAUAAGAGGGUUUUUCCCAGACAUAGUAUUCUAAACAAUAAGACACGACACAUAAUAUUUGAUAAUAAGAGGGUUUUUCCCAGACAUAGUAUUCUAAGCAAUGAGACACAACACAAAAUAUUGGACCAACACUUGUCCCGACCCGACCACAUCCGAUCACGUCCUUGGUCCAGGCACCCUUCCAUCGGAUGAUGCUGAGUCAUCUUUUCGAAGGCGAGACAUCUAAAAUCGUCCAUAAUACUAAUGCAAGCUAAGCAAAUAAAUGAUAACUUCUAGAAUAUAUUUAACAUUUCCCUCCUGUUUAUCAUGUAUUUGCACAAAUUCUCAUAUCAUCUUACAGUCACUUCAUUUCGAUUUUUAAUUGUAGAAUCAUUUUUAUGAAACAAAUACAUUUACACUCAGAGUAAACUUGUCAUACAUGAAUGUUGUAGUUUAAACAUCGUAAUCACCUGGAUCAGGAAACAAAUCAGGUAAAACAACAUCAUCAUCAUCAUCGUCAUUAUUAUCAACCUCCAAUAAAGGAUAAAUCUGCUCCAUACGGUUCCAUGUGGGUUAUGGCUGUGGUGAUUAAUUUACUGAUUAAUGCCAGAAUGCAUGGGAUACAACAACAUCCACACAAUGUCAGAAUGGCUGCAAAAACAGCAAUUGAUAUCAAUAUUGGUGAAAUUAGGGUUUUAUAUUUACCAAAAACGUCCAUUCAGCUGUUUCACAAGGAGUGUUGAUUGAGGGUCCGUAGACCAUCGAUGGCUCUGGUCAAGCUGCCAUCUGAAGCAGUAUUGUUUGUUCUCCAAACAUACCGCAAACACCUCCCUCUCUUGCGAGGAGCAUGUCGACAGCUAUGCGGUCUUUGGAACGUCCUUGAGCUGCUCGUGCACAGCUUCCAACCCACUCUGAGUCCAAUUUCCUAAUCUCUGUACAUUGAAGUGGAUAUAGUUUAUCCCAUCAACAUUUUUAUUAAUCGUACACCAACAACAUAUGAAGUAUUCAAAUCCUCCUGCAACUUGGUCAGCUAAUUUGUAUUGAUUAGGAACCCCACGAGGAACACCAUGUAUGUUUUAUGUUGGAUAAUUUUGCCUCUGCCAGGAUAAAUCUCUUUUUUGUCAAGUAUGUCCAAAACACACAAGGAAUUUGUCUCCGGUAGUUGGAGCCGCUCUAGUACAACAGACAGUCAAUUUACAGAACACUUUGGAGACAUAAAGACAUUGACAAAAAAUAAUUGUGCAAAAAGAUGCAGUCCUCUAGCAGCAGUUUGAAUGACUAAUAUCGCAAUAGUCCGGUGCAAAGAUCAUUGUGCAAAGGGCGCUGAGACUUCAAGGAGUGUAUGCGGUUUAAAGUGACGAGUAGUGCGAUAAUCUGGGACAAUGGUUGUGCAAAUGUUGCAGAUGCUCCUCAAUCAGUGUGCAAAUGGAAUAAUACAAUCUUGUGAUAAUUGUGCUGGAACUAUGCGCAACAAAGGCCUGGGACCCAUGCAAACAACACAAUCUUUUCUCGCUACAUUUGCUGCUUGUUCCAUCAAUAGUAACCAAUUGUUAUUUUGUCCUGAAACUCCUGUGACAACAAGGAACCAAUCAUCAGUAGUUAUGUUGUUAACCAUUAAAAUUUGUCUACCUUUCUUUGAAGUUUUCAAUGGCAUUUUUGGUUUAACACGGUUCCUAUAACACAAUACUACUUGGAAGUGGGGAUCUUUUCCACCAGAAUAGGCCCACAAGCUCACUAUCAAACACAUUGGGUGACUUGUAUUUCAAUAUUAAACUAUGGGCCGUUUUGCUUAUGUUAAACUUCUUUCUUUGUUCUUUUGCUGUUCUUUUUGACCAACUGGACCAAUCAUAACCUGUUUCACCAAUAAGGUGUUUCCAUUCAAAACCUAUAGUUGCAUACCAGUCAUAUCUAAAUCCCCAAUUCUGCCCAUUCUCUUGAGCAUCAUUGGUGAGAGCCGCAUAUGGAAUUAUGAUUAAAGCAGCUUGAUUUUGGGGGCACAAAAUAUUAAACCGUUUUGCCGCAUUUGGAGGCCAUGCCCACAAUUUUGAUCAUCAGCUGUACUCCUUUUGAUACGAGUUAAUGAUUCAAAAAUUUUUUUUUUAUUAUUAUUAUUGGGUUUGUCAUAUUGGUCCAGUUGGUAGGUGAUUUUCUAUCUAAAAAAUGGGUUUUAUCAUUGAGGGUGGGACGUCCCAUGUACCACAAAAACAAAACCAACAUCAUAGUAGCCAAAGUUGCUACGUAACAACUUAUCGAAUCUCAUAACCAACGUGGGUGUGCCUUUCUGCUGAGUUCUCACUAAAAGGGUUGGUGUCUUUUUUCUUCACUGACCAGCAAGCGUUUUCAGAAUCUACACAUCUGCUCCCGCUUCGUUAUCAGACUUUUGCUCACCUUCCCUGUUUGAGUACUCAGCUGAAAUGACUCUUACAGUGUGUUAAAUGAACCCACGUGUUUCUUUCUGCUAUUUUUUAGGGCUGUAAAGUGUCAAUCUAUCUGUGCCACCAUCCCUCCGGUUGAGACGUGACACAGCAUGUCUCAAUAUAGCAGCCCAUUUGAAUAGUUUUUUUUUUUUUUUUUUUUCCUGUGCUAAUGUAAAUUUCAUUUUGUAGUUUUGCACUUUGUUUUUCCCAAUAAUUGCGUUCUUGUUGUGGAAUACUCAUAUUGGCUAUCAGUAUAGAUUGUACCAUCUUUAUUUAUCAUUAGUUUGCAUGCCUCGAUUAAUGCUACUAAUUCAGCAGCUUGUUCAGCCAAUUCCUGUCAAUCAUGCUGCGUGCCUUCAUCAUUAAGGGUAUUAGUGUGGCUGGAUUUAAGGUUGUGCAUCGCUCAACAGUCAAAUGUGGUUCUGAUAGCAAGAUGGCAAUGCAAGAUAAAUGUCUUGCAGGUGAUUUGCAAUAGGAGAGCAGACACUGUAUGUGGGACCUUUAGGGUGAACUGCUCUCUAGUUGAAAAAUAAGCUAUUGGUCUUAGCUUAUCACCGUAUUGUUGUGUAAGUACGGAGGUCAUGCAAUAGCUUUUACAAUCUACCAUUUGAAUGAAUGUUUUAUCAUUAAAUUUGGAAGGCCUAGCGCAGCACUGGAGACCAAAUGUUGUUUAAUGUCACAGAAGGCCUUUUCUGCCUCUGUACUCCAUUAAACAGGUGAUGUCAUUUUAAGGUUGUUUUCAUAUAUUAAUUUUGACAAUGGUGCAACAAUUUCUGCAUAGUUUGGAAUCCAUGCUGUACAAUAAUUUGUCAGACCUAAAAAUGAUUAUUAUGUUUCUUCGUCUGUGGUUUAGGAUUUUUUAAGACUAUAGCUCUCCUGUCUUCUAAUAUAGUCUUUCCUCCUAUACUUAAAUUAUGGCCUAGAUAUUUAACUUGUCUUUUACAUCAUUGCAAUUUAUUUUUGUUAACUUUAUGUCCCUCUUCUGUUAGAUGAUGCAGUAAGGUCAAUGAAUCUUUGCAUGUGUCUUCAUCUGUAGAUGCCAGAAGACAUGCGUGUUGUCAUAACUUGUGAAUAAUUAGUUAGACUUUCACAGUAACCUUGCGGUAAUCUAGUAAAUGUAUAUAUAUAUAUUUUUUUUUUUUCAAAUGUGAAUGCAAACCAAAAUUGACUGUUAUUUUCUAUUGGUACUGAAAAGAAUGCAUUAAUGCAUUAAUGCAUUAAUGUCCACUACUGUAAACACAGUAGUGUCUGGUCUUAAUGAAUUUAACAAUGUGCGUGGGUUUGGUACGCAUGCUCUGUAUUACUGCAGCUCAUCACAUUCUUUUUUAUCUUCUAUUUUUGUGAUAAGCUCCAAGGCUGCAGACAACAGCCUUUCCCACGUUUAACGGUGGCUUGUCUUUUAUUUUUUAUAUAAUUUGAUUCCUGCAACGCGGCUAUUUUUUGUGUAUUUAACCAACCAUUAAAGCCGUGUUCGGUUA